AUGUCCAGCUCCAACAAUAAGACCGGCUCAGCUCUUGGCAACUCCAGGGGCGAGAGUCCCUCGGCCAAGAAUGGCUUCAUAGACUCCCGAUCCAACUACCAAAUCACCAAGCAAGGCGGCUGGAAGUCCAUGUACCACAUGAUGUUCCACUACAAUCUUGAUCCUACCAAGGACGAAGACUGGCAAGAGGCCAAACGCAUCGUUGAAGGUGUUCGCCAGGGAGAUAUGGAUCAAGCCCGAGCAGAGGCAUCAGGCCGUGAGCGCGGCGUCGAAAAUGAUGGCGAUGGUGGUGGCGAUGAUGAUGAUGAUGUUGAUGAAUAUUGUGACGACGACGAUGAUGAUGAUGAUGAGGAGGAGGAGGAGGAUUAUGAUGACGAGGAUUAUGAUGAUGGUGGGGGAGACGAUGGUGAUUGUGGCUCUGAUGAUUACGAAGACUACUAG